GCUGCUGAGUUCCUAGUUUCCCUGGUUGUCCCCCGGAAAAUACCGUGAGACAUUUAGUAACGUUAGAGGACUACUCUGCUAAGGCUAGGUGGCUUUGUUGUUGGAGUUAAACUGAAUGUGUUCAAGCCAGGCCUGGUAAUGUAGGACAUUUUGCAUGUGCUCUGAGGGCUUGGCGUUGUUGCAGAAUAACAUUUGAAGGAGAAAAAAACAGCGAGGAGGGUCUGAACAGAUUGUGCUGCAGCCUGUAGUCAUGGCACUGACAUGCUUCUCCUUCACCCUCUCUGUGAUGACUGUUGGCAAUUAGCAUAGCUUGCACCUGUCUUGGGCUGUGCAUGUAGAAGUGAGAGUUUCUGGCAUAGUCCAGUCUUUUAAGAAAAAUAAAAGCAGCCCUCCUUUAUAAUCUAUCACUGCUGGACAAGUGAAACUUUACAGGAAGGCAUCUGUAAUCACAGCUGUAGACACGCUCUGAAGUUUAAGGACUUCAUCUGAAUCAUGGGGAACAUUUUUGGGAAUUUGCUGAAGAGCCUCAUAGGGAAGAAGGAGAUGAGGAUCUUGAUGGUGGGGCUUGAUGCUGCAGGAAAAACGACAAUCCUCUACAAGCUCAAACUGGGGGAAAUAGUCACCACCAUCCCAACCAUUGGGUUUAACGUGGAGACGGUGGAGUACAAGAACAUCAGCUUCACUGUGUGGGAUGUCGGCGGACAGGACAAGAUCCGCCCCCUUUGGAGACACUACUUUCAGAACACACAGGGUCUAAUCUUUGUGGUGGACAGUAACGACAGAGAGCGUGUGAACGAAGCACGAGAGGAGCUGAUGAGGAUGUUGGCUGAGGACGAACUGAGAGAUGCAGUCCUCCUUGUGUUUGCGAACAAACAGGACUUACCGAAUGCCAUGAAUGCUGCCGAGAUCACAGACAAGUUGGGCUUACACUCCCUGCGCCACCGUAACUGGUAUAUCCAGGCCACCUGCGCCACCAGCGGCGACGGCCUCUAUGAGGGUCUUGAUUGGCUGGCCAAUCAACUCAAGAACAAGAAAUAAGAAGAAAACUGGAACAAGCAGCCACACCCCUCUAAGUUUUUGUUUGUUUUGGGAAUGGGGCAGCGUAGGUACAGGGGUUUUGAUUAAUGGAUGAAAAGCAAGAUUCUGGCUUUGGGGAAGAUUUUAGGCUUUCGUUUUCAGUCUCUUGAGGUUCCUAAUAGUUUUCAGGGCUUAUUAAAAACACAUUCUCAUGUACCUUAUAUUUAACCUCACACACACACA